GCAUUUUAUGAAUGAAAACUGUAUCUGGAAACAUUGGUAUAAAAAUCAUUUGGUUAGAAUGUCUUGUAUCACGUUAAUCAAUGGAGAUUUCAUCUUGGGAGUUCCCCAGUUCUGUGACAUUCUUGGUAGUAAUAUUUGUAAAAACACGAUCGUGAAUUUGAAAUAUUUGAUUUAUUCAGUUCUUUAUUUUUUGGCCAUGGAGAACAAUACAGAUGACUUUAUAGCAAGAACAUAUCAAAUUGAUCUUUUGGAAGUAGCACUUAAACAAAAUACUAUUGUUUAUCUACCCACUGGUGCUGGAAAAACAUUUAUUGCUAUUAUGCUUAUAAAAGAAUUAAGUGCAGAUGUUCAAAGACCGUUUGAUGAUGGGAGGAAACAUACUGUAUUUAUAGUCAAUACAGUACCUUUGGUUACCCAACAAAGUGAAUAUAUUAAAAGAUUAACUGAUUUAUCUUGUGGAGCAGUCAGUGGUGAUUGUAAUGUUGAUUUUUGGAAAGAUAUGGAAUGGGAGCAACAGUUAAAAAACAGUCAGGUGUUAGUAAUGACGGCUCAAAUUUUAGUAGAUGCAAUUUGUCAUGGAUAUAUGCAUUUAAGUAAAAUAAAUUUAAUAAUUUUUGAUGAAUGUCAUAGAGCAGUAAAUGAUCAUCCUAUGAGACAAAUAAUGCAGCUUUUUGCAAAUUGUCCUGUUAAAGAGCAACCAAGAAUUUUAGGUUUAUCAGCAACCCUAUUAAAUUCUAAUGUGAAGUUGAAUAAAGUGGAAUCAAUUAUUAAGUCUUUAGAAGUAACUUUUCAAGCAAAAGUAGCAACGGUAAAUACAUUUGACCAACUUCGUAGUUAUUAUCCAGUUCCCGAACAGAUAUUUGUUAAAUUUGAUGUGUGUGAUCCAUCUGAUGUUGAAAACCAAAUUACCACUAUUAUUAUGGAAACAGGUCAAAUUUUGGAACAAAUAGUUUUGGAUACUUCAUUGAGAAACAUUGAAUCAAGCAUUGAAUUUAGACCCAAACCUGUUAUUAAAAAGUUAAUUUCUAUAAUGGAAGAUAUUAAAAAUCAAUUUCUACAUACAGGAAUUUAUGGUGCUGAUAAAUCUGCUUUACUACAUUUAAUUCAAUUAGAAUGUUUAAAAAAAAAUGCAGAGGAUUUGGAUACUGUGUAUAUUUUGGAAUAUCUUUUAACACAAAUAACUAAAUGUAGGAAGUUACUUGAAAAUAAAAUGAAAAUCAACACAGAAUUGGAAAGAAUUCAUAAUUAUUCAUGUGACCAAACGCGGAAACUUUUCCAUCUAUUAAAAAAUUUCUAUAACAAUAAAUGUGAUGAUCAGAAGUUUUGUUGUAUUAUUUUUGUACGACAACGAUUUACGGUGAAAGUGUUAUAUCAAGUGUUAAAGAAUUUGUCAAUGCACGAUGAAGAAUACAAAUUUUUAAAACCUGAUUUUGUGGUUGGGUUCUCAAAUAAUCCUUAUAAAAAUUGUAAAGAAUCCUUAUGCAUAUCAAAAUGGAACAAGGAAGCUUUGCUAAGGUUUAAAAAUGGUUUGUCAAAUUGUAUUAUUGCAACAGACGUUAUAGACGAAGGUAUAGAUAUACCAACAUGUACAUUAGUCAUAAGAUAUAAUUUACCAAUGGAUGUUAGAUCAUAUAUUCAAAGUAAAGGAAGAGCACGAUUUGCUUCCAGUCGUUAUGUAUUAUUAUUACCAAAAAAUGACGCGACUUAUUUAGAACGGUAUAAGCAAUUUCAAAUAGUGGAGCAAUAUUUACAACAGCUUUUAGUAGGUAAAACCAAUAUUCGUGCAGAACCAACAAAAAAUGAAAUUAAAAAUGAAUUGUAUAAAUUUGAUAUUAAACCAUAUGUUGUUAUUGAUAAAGAUGGAAUAACAAAUACUGUAACAGAGCAGUCAGCAAUUGGUUUAAUAAACCGGUACUGUGUUUCAUUAUUAAAAUCUAAAUAUGUUUCUUUAGUACCUGUUUGGAUAUUGUACAAAGAAAAAUUGAAUGGGGAUGAUCUUUGUAAGGUUUCUCUUAAAUUACCGAGUAUAGCCCCAUUAAAAACCGUUAUUUUUGGUGAUCUUAUGCCCUCCAUUAAUUCUGCAAAAAGGUCUGCAGCAAUGAAGAUGUGUAUAGAAUUACAUAAAAUUGGCGGAUUAUCUAAUAAAUUAAUACCAAAUAUAAUAAGUAUGCCAGAAGAAAAUAUUGAUUAUUUAUUUCCAACUUGGAUAAAUGAGGAAGAGUCAGAAGACAGGGCAUUAAUUGGAACUUACAAAAAGAAACGACAUCAUAAAUUACAAUUUCCAUCGGCUCUGUACGGUGCAUUUCCGCUCCCAGGAAUGAUAUUAUACUUGCAUGUUCUUCAUGUUCAGCCUAAGUAUUCUGUACCGCAUGAUGAUAACCGACAUUUGGUAUUCUACAAUUUACUGAAUAGUGCUGCAGGCUUUGCAAUACUUUCUGCAAAUCCAAUGCCGAAGACACCAUCAUUUCCAUUAUUUAUGAAUGCUGAUGAAUUGAAUGUUGAUGUUAAAGUAAAUUAUGCAACAAUGACAUUAUCUGAAAAAGAAAUUGGAUACUUAAAAAUUUUUCACACUUUAAUAUUUAGUCAAAUUAUACCUGUCAUAAAACCUUUCAUGUUAUUUGAUAAUUACAAUUAUGAUAAUUGUUUUCUAGUUGUACCAGUUGAUGAAAAGUGGGAAAUAAAUUGGCCGAUUAUAAAACAAUAUGAUUGUAUAAAACGAAUACAACCGUCAGUUCCUUUUCAUUUUAAGAAUAAUGAUUAUGAAUUAUCUUUAGUUAUACCUAGUUACAGACCUUCUGCGGAUGUAUAUAUAGUUACACAAAUUUGUGAUGAUCUUACACCAAAUUCAUGUUUUCCAAGUGAAAAUUUCUUUUCAUAUGCUCAUUAUUUUAAAGAAAAACACGGUUUAGUCAUAAAAAAUUCAAAGCAACCAAUGUUAGAAGUAAAAACGAUAUCGAGAAAGAUUGAUUAUAUAAAACCCAGUCGCAUGCAGGUUGAAUCAAAGAAACGUAAAUGGGCAGAAUCUUCUAAAGAUUUUAAAGAACAUCUGGUUCCAGAAUUAUGCAUCAGGAUUAACUUUCCACCUUUAUACUGGCUGAAAACAACAUUGUUACCAUCUAUUUUGCAUAGAGUUUCACAACUUUUAAUUGCAGAAGACUUAAGAUAUACUAUUGCUGAAGAAACUAAGUUAGGGUUGUUAUCGAAUGAUAAUGAAUGGCCUCCAUUAGUAAUAACUGAUGAAGACAAAGAAGAAUCAUUUGACCGUUUACUAGAUACUUCUACUAAUGAAACUAUCGAUGAUUCACAACCAGAAUCAGUUUUAAAUGGUCCAGAAGUAGAUGUAUUGAACAUAGAGACACAUCACUAUCCAUGGUCAAAAGACCAAGAACCACCCGAUUUAUAUAGAAACAUUGAAGAAGUUCAAUUGAUUCAGAUUGAACAUUAUUGUCAAUUUAUACAAGGAACAUGUGAAUUCAAUAAUGAUGCAAUGAAAAAUAGUAAAGUUCAUUUUAGAAAUAGACCAUCAGUAGCAGUACCUGAUUUGAACAUUUUAUUAUUAAAAGAUUCAAAAGGACCUGAUCCCGUGCAAAUUAUGUAUGCUCUAACAAGUAAAUCAGGGCAAGAUGCAUUUAAUUUGGAACGCCUAGAAACUUUAGGAGAUUCUUAUUUAAAAUUUAUUGUAUCUUUAUUUUUGUACACUACGUUUCCAAACUGUAACGAAGGUCCGUUAACAACAUUAAAAGGGAAACUAAUUGGUAAUCGUAAUCUUUAUUACUGUGGAGUUAAAAAGAACAUUCCCGGACGUAUGAAAGUUGAUGAUUUUGCACCAUUAAGUAAUUUUAUUGCUCCUGCUUAUACAGUAAACAGACAGCUUCAAACAUUAUUAUUGGAAACAGAGGUAUCACCAAAUGUUUUAUAUGAAAUUCAAAUACCUAAAACUGAACAAUUUAUUGGAAUUAUAAGUGAAACCACCAAUAGUGUAAUAGAAGAGAAAGUAUUAAAUUGGGAGCCAGCAGAAUCACAAACUGGCAUGGAACAUUAUCUUGGAAUACAAACUGUUGCUGAUAAAACAGUAGCUGAUUGCAUAGAAGCACUAAUUGGUGUAUAUCUUACACAUUUGGGUAUUAAAGAUACCAUUAUUUUGUUGAAAUGGUUACAAAUUUUACCAAAUGAAAUUGAUAUUCGUGGGCUAUUAUAUGAUAUUUCAGAGGAUUUUGUUGCUCAGGAGAAUAUAAAUCGUUUCAUGCCGUGGGCUUCCAACAUAGAAACAAAAAUUGGGUAUAAAUUUCAAAAUCAAGCAUUUUUACUUAAGGCUUUUACACAUCCCUCGUAUACAGCAAAUAAUGUAACCGAAUGUUAUCAAAGAUUGGAAUUUCUUGGUGACGCUAUACUCGAUUUCUUAAUUACAUGUUAUAUUUAUGAAAACUGUGGAAAUUUAAAUCCUGGUGAAUUGACAGAUUUAAGGUCUGCUCUUGUUAAUAAUAUUACUUUUGCGUGUUUAAGUGUACGAUAUGGUUUACAUACUGCAUUAUUAGCUUAUGCACCAAAUUUAAAUGAAGCGAUAAAUCGUUUUGUAAAAUUUCAAGAAGAAAGAGAUCAUGUUGUAAAUGACGAGCUUUUAUGGAUCUUAUUGGAAGAAGAUGAAUGUAGUGUGGUCGAGCAUGUAGAUGUUCCUAAAGUGUUAGGAGAUUUAUAUGAAUCUGUCAUAGGUGCAAUAUAUUUGGACAGUGGUAAGAAUCUUAAAAAAACUUGGGAUAUAAUAUACUCGCUCAUGCAUAAAGAAAUUGAUGAAUUUAGUAAAAAUAUCCCAAAACAACCAAUUCGUGUAUUAUAUGAAACUCAAGGGGCUCAUCCACAGUUUUUAAAUGCCCAUAAAAUUGAAGGCACGAACGGAGUUAUGGUACCUUUAAAAGUAACUAUCGCUGGAAAAGUAAAACUUUUUCACGGAUUUGGUAUAAAUAAAAAGCAAGCUAAAUGUGCCGUUGCUAAACAAGCUUUAAAAAGUUUGUUGUCUACAUAAAAAUA